AUGGCGUUGGGAUUGCCCUACUCCAAGAACAUGUUGUACGUGGUUCUUCUUGUUCUGCUGUUGGACUUGGAGGCAGUUGGGUCUGAAAGUCCUGACUGUGGCGACAAGAGAGAAGACCCUGCUUGCUUAGACCUUCUUGUGGCCAUGCCAUCAUCAGACUCCAACUGUGAAAGACCUGAGGGGUGCAAGCUUCACUUUCUCCUUCCAGAUGAGCAACCAACAGCAGAAGGGUUGAAGGAACUACAGCAUGAACUCAAUCAGGAGUUCAAACAGACCCUGAAAGAAACUGGAGGUGACGGCGGAGGCAAGCAGCAGAACUCCAAACCCAAGAGUGUGUCGGACAGACUGAACCUUGUGGAGUCCAACCUCAUCUCUUUGACCUCUAAACUGCAGAAGUUACAGGAAGAUGGUAAAGUGAACCUGAGCAAGAUAGAAGAUCGACUCAACUCGCUGGUGGUUCUCCUCCUAGGGAUCUUAUCUGGGUGUGAAUUGCCCUGCAACGAGUCUGUCCAGAAAUUAUCUAUGCUAGAAAACCGACGCCUCAAGACACUUGAAACAAAGGAGGACCCCCCAUUGACUGUGAAGGGUGUUGCAAACACAGGUUUACCAGUUGAAUCUUCAGAAAGACUGUUUCCCAAGGAUUGUGCAGAGAUCUACAAGCAAGGAAUCCGAGACAAUGGAAUCUAUACCAUACAGCCGAUAUCCCAAAGACAGCCGUUCGAGGCAUAUUGUGACAUGGCGACGGAUGGUGGAGGUUGGACCGUCUUCCAGAGAAGACUAGACGGCUCGGUAGAUUUCAACUGUACCUGGCAGGAAUACAAGCAGGGAUUUGGUAGCCUCCAAGGCGAACAUUGGCUGGGAAAUGAAAACUUACACAGCUUAACUAGAGUUGGUCAACACUCACUGCGAAUUGAGCUAGAAGAUUGGUACGGUGUCAAGAGGCAUGCCAUCUAUCGGAAGUUCAAAGUGGCCAGUGAACAAAACAAAUACAAACUGACGGCCAGAGAGUACCAAGGUAACGCCGGCAAUGCCCUGAGCUACAGUCGGAACUACAAUCACGAUCACAAAUAUUUCACAACGCACGACAGCGACAACGACAAUUACCCGUCUGGGAACUGCGGCACUUACUACGGCUCGGGCUGGUGGUUUGAUGCCUGCUUGGCUGCCAACUUAAAUGGGAAGUAUCACAAGGGCAGGUACAGCGGAGUAACCAAUGGUAUUUACUGGGGUACGUGGUAUAUUCUGACCGAUAAGAGGACGAAGCAGAAGUAUUCCUUCAAGAAAAUAGAAAUGAAAACCAGAAUUCUAAAUGUGUGAUUAUACAGAGAUCUUUAUUUAAAGGACUUAA